ACAUUAAAAAAUGGCGGCGGGCAAUAACAUAAAAGCGCGAACUUCGAGGAUGGUUAUGACUCUAUUAAGGUGUGGCGUCUCGAAAUUGUAGAAUUCCGCCCCUCCGGUCUCCUUCCUCCUCCCCAAAGGCAGCGCUUCCAUUCAAUAUCCCUUCGCUGGUCAACGCAGGGAUCGCCAGUAAUAUUUCAUUGCAUUGCACCUCCUCCUCUGCAGCUGGGUCGGUCAGGUUCUUUGCUCCGGGGAAAAGCAGUAGACCCAGACCCACCAUUCGAUUUGAUUCGUUUCGGUAUUGAAAAUUCUACCCAACUGUGCCAUAAACAUUCUCAGGAUUGCAAAUGACAACUGUUCUCCCUGCUGGAAGUGGCAAACUGGGUUACCGGGUUACUGUCAGCGAGGGGCAAGGUUGUCGACAAACUUAUUCGGUCACGAGUGCAGCAUUCAGCAGAUGCCUAAAGAAGAACUUUUCAUGGUCCGGUUGCAUGUCCAAACUAUUGCAGAAACAGAGAUGUGGUAGCUUUACUCAGUCUGCACUUCUGCAGACCAGAAAGUCAAAGCCACAUACGAAUGCCAUCAAUCUGUCCUUAGGAAACAGGACGACAAGGUUCUUCGAUUUUGCAGUUAUUGGAAGUGGAGUGGCGGGUCUGAGGUAUGCUCUUGAGGUGGCCAAACAUGGGUCUGUGGCAGUGAUUACAAAGGCUGAGCCUCAUGAGAGCAACACGAAUUAUGCUCAGGGUGGUGUUAGUGCUGUGUUGUGCCCUUCAGAUUCCGUGGAGAGUCACAUGAGGGAUACCAUCGUCGCAGGGGCUCAUUUGUGCGAUGAAGAGACUGUCAGGGUUGUUUGCACAGAAGGGCCUGAUAGGAUUCGGGAACUAAUAGCUAUGGGAGCGUCAUUCGAUCAUGGGGAGGAUGGUAACCUUCACCUCGCAAGAGAAGGAGGACAUUCCCACCACCGAAUUGUUCAUGCGGCUGAUAUGACCGGAAGAGAGAUCGAGCGAGCUUUGCUUGAGGCAGUCAUAAACGAUCCCAACAUUCACGUGUUUGAGCAUCAUUUCGGAAUAGACCUUCUCACUUCUCAGGAUGGCUCAGACACAGUUUGUCUUGGGGUUGACGCUUUGAAUGCCGAAACUCAGGAGGUAGUACGUUUUAUCUCAAAGGUCACAUUGCUGGCAUCUGGUGGGGCCGGACAUAUCUAUCCUUCAACUACGAAUCCUCUGGUGGCUACCGGAGAUGGAAUAGCAAUGGCUCAUCGAGCUCAAGCUGUUAUCUCCAAUAUGGAGUUUGUGCAGUUCCAUCCGACUGCAUUAGCUGACGAGGGCCUACCAAUCAAACCACCCAAGAGACGAGAAAAUGCCUUCCUCAUUACUGAGGCCGUUCGAGGUGAUGGAGGGAUCCUCUACAACCUAGGCAUGGAGAGGUUCAUGCCCUUGUAUGAUGAGAGGGAAGAGCUUGCCCCGAGGGAUGUGGUUGCGAGGAGCAUAGAUGAUCAGCUUAAGAAGGGAAAUGAUAAAUAUGUCCUCCUUGAUAUAAGCCACAAGCCCAGAGAAGAAAUACUCUCUCAUUUCCCGAACAUAGCUGCAGAAUGUCUCAAAUACGGCCUUGAUAUAACCCAAGACCCAAUUCCAGUGGUCCCUGCAGCACACUACAUGUGCGGGGGAGUCCGAGCAGGGCUUCAGGGUGAGACGAAUGUCAAGGGAUUGUAUGUGGCAGGUGAGGUUGCAUGCACGGGUCUCCACGGCGCCAACCGCCUUGCUAGCAACUCCCUGCUUGAGGCCCUGGUCUUCGCUCGACGGGCUGUCCAGCCCUCUAUUGAUGAUAUGAUCUCAUCACCUGAGACAUUUCACAUGAUAGACGAGGCCUCUGACUCAUGGGCCCGACCUGUCGUCCCAUCAGCUCUCAAGAGCAGCGUUGUGAGUGAUAUCUUGAGGACUACUGCUAGAGUGAGGAGGGAGCUUCAGUCCAUCAUGUGGGAGUAUGUGGGGAUCGUGAGGUCUACAACGAGGCUCGAGACCGCAGAGCGGAGGAUCAAGGAGCUGGAGGUCGAGUGGGAAACUUACCUGUUUGAACGGGGAUGGGAGCCUACAAUGGUUGGCCUAGAGGCCUGUGAGAUGAGGAACGUAUUCUGCUGCGCAAAGCUCGUUGUCAGCAGUGCCCUCGCACGGCACGAGAGCCGCGGGCUCCACUAUACGGUCGAUUUUCCCCACCUCGAAGAGAGCAAGAGGCUCCCCACAAUUAUAUUCCCGUGCUCAUCCGUGAACAGCACAUGGAGCUCGAGGCAGCUUCAAAAGCAACCCAUCUGUUAGUGGAAUGCGGCAGUUGCCCUGUCGAUUUUUCCUUUCCCCUCAGAAAAAAUUGUAACGUAGCAUGACCAUUUGAAUUGAUUCCACUGAGAUUGCGACAGGUCUGAUUCUUUUGCA